AUGGGUCAUUUGUGGAACAUCCCAGAUGAUGUCCCCAUAGCUGAGAGGGAGAUAGGGGUGGAAACAUAUGAAGAUCCAUUAGAAACGGCACUCAAAGCACUGAUCUUGUCAAAGGAGAAUUACGAAGGGAGAAUCAUGAGUUCUCUCUUUGGUGUCAUUUUAAAUGCUGGACCUAACCCCAGGAACCUUGUGGACCAAAUUAUUAAUGGGUCCAGUUUGCAGAGAUAUCAAACACUUCCUCGUCCAGUCCAGUGGGGUGUAGACCAUGAGAAAGAAGCAGUGAAAGACUACUUGACUCUGCAGAAUACAGUCUCUGAUGUGACAGUGGAGGCAUCUGGGCUUACCAUUUACCCAUCUCAUGCAUUUUUAGGUGCAAGCAGUGAUGGAUGGGUAAAUGAUAAGUCCAUGUCCAUGGGAAAUCAGAGAGGGGUGUUAGAGAUUAAGUGCCCAUACUCAAUCUCUAAUGAAGUAAUUGUGGAAAGAGGGGUCCAUGAGCUAGCUGGGAAAAGGGGGUUUUGUUUGGAGGAUACCUCAGAAGGACCAAGACUGAAACGAAAUCAUAAAUACUACACUCAGAUUCAGGGUGAAAUGGCAAUAAUGGGGUGUCCGUGGGGUGGUUUUGUUGUCUGGACGGCAGCCAAUGACAGCAACUGUUUUAUAGACAGAAUUUACUUUGACUCUGAAUUUUGUACACACAUGAUGCCAAAAGUUGUUAAAAUUUUUGUUCAUCAUAUUUUGCCUUUUUAUUCUAAAAAUGAAUUAGCUCACCUGAACUGA